CUACAGAUCCAGUAAUGCGCAAAUCGUAGCGGCGAAGGAAAAGAGAUGGAAAUAGUCGAACCUAAAGCAGGUUUUAAAUCGGAUGUGUGGAAGCAUUUCAGUUUCUCUCUGAAAAGAAACGAGAAAGGAGAAAAGGUGACAGACAAUGAAAAUACAGUAUGCAGGCACUGCCAGACUGUGGUGAAAUACAAGUCGGGGAAUACGACUAACAUGAGGAGCCAUUUGUUAAAUCAUCACCCUGAAAAGUUACGUGAAGAUACGAGGAGCAAAAUCAAGUCGGGCCAAAAGACUAUAAAAGAACCGUUUACAACCUCACUCCCCCACAACAGUGCGAGAGCACAAGAAAUCACAAGAUGCAUUGGUGAAUAUAUAGCCAAAGACCUACGGCCCUUUUCGGUGGUGGAUAAUGAAGGUUUUAAGAGACUGGAUGAUUGAUGUCUUUUCCGUCACUGACAUGAUGUCCAGUGUCCAGAAAUCAUCAUAACCAUCAAGAUCUGCCAUCUUGUUAAGUCAGAAUCAGACUCCCAUCUAAAAAGAUGUUCUGUUUAAUGUACUUUACUCAUACAAAAUGACCUCCAGCAGGCC